AAACAGCACAAUGAUCAGGGUUGCUAAGUCAAACGAAGCCACCAGUCCUGAUGUUGGUACACGUUAGAUACGUUCAUAACCAACAGUGUCCAACGGCACAGAUAUGAUGACUCCUGAGGACCGACUAAAAACAGACAACAUGGAGGCUAAUAGAGAAGAAGAAGUGGAACAUUCUCUUGAAUAUGAUCACCCUAACCUUCCCCUGGAGGCGUGGCGAAUCAUGCUUCUUGGGAAGAGUGGCUCUGGGAAAAGCUCAGCUGGGAACACCAUUCUGGCUGAGGAAGUGUUCAAGUCAGACAUGAAGCUAUCCAGGGUUACACAGUUCUGUGAGAAGAAGACCAAAGACAUCAACGGGAGACGACCCGUAACGGUGAUCGAUACCCCCGGCCUCUUUGAGACCAGGCGUUCAAAAAAAGAGGUCGUCCGAGAGAUCCUGCAAAGUGUCUCCCUCUAUAGGCCUGGACCUCACGUCUUUGUGGUGGUCAUCCCCAUUGGGCGCUUGACUCUUGAGGACAAGGGUACCAAUAAUCUGAUAGAGAGCACAUUUGGCAAGAGGGUAUGGGACUUCACCAUCGUCCUGUUCACCCACGGCGACCGACUGGAGGGGAAGACCCUGAAUGACGUGAUGGCCAGUGGUGACGAGGACCUCAGAGAGUUCAUCCGCAAGUGCAGUGGAGGGUUCCUAGCUUUCAACAACAAGGACUUAGGUGACCGGGACCAGGUGGCGAAGCUCUUGGAGAAAGUGGAGACCCUGGUGGCCCUUAAUGGUAACCAGUGUUACAAGUCUAACCUGUAUCCAAGGCAGGAGAGGAAGAUCAGAGAGAAGCAAGAACGGGUCUUGGCCGAGAGAGAUAAAGACAUUGCCCACAAGGAGAAACAGCUUGAGGAACACUACGAUGGCGAGGAGUUGAAGGAACAGAGGCGAGCUCUUUGGAGGAAAGAGGAGGCAGAAGCCAGAAAAAUGUCGGAAAAGGUGCCAGUUAAAGUGCAAAUAGGAAUAGUCAUUGUGGCAUCACUGGUGGCCACUGCGGUUUUGGGACCAGCUGGACUAAUAUUAGGGUUUAUUCUUGUGAUCAUUAUGAGAAGGGUAUAUGACGAUAUAUAGUUCAAGAAAGUAUACGUUUUUUUGUAAAAAAAAAUUCAAUUGGGUCUUUUGGUGUCAUUGUAUUUGGUACUGUCUGUAAAAGAAGUGAAAUGAAGUUGUUCAGAUGUGAAGACAUUUUUCAUUGUUUUAAUUUAAUUUGAUGAUCACUACAAUCUUUGUAAUUUUAUAAGGUCUCUUUGACUUUCAAUUAGGAUGACAAUGCCACAAAUUACUUCAAUGUAAGUAGUUCUUUGAUCUUCCAGAUGAAUUAAAAGGUUGCCAAUA